AUGGCUACCAACAACACGGACCCCGAGAAAGGCCUUGUGUCAGCGUCUGCGCGCUCUGCGAUUCCGUCGUGGGCUUCGUCUGCUCCCGACAAUACCAUUAGCAACGAGUCCAGUAGGCUUACACCUCUCCAGCUCUUCCAGCUAUUGGUCGGCAUAUACACACCACCGUUCCUUACUCGAGAUGGUGUUGAUCUCGCCCGGGCCACUAACACGAAAACUACGCAUCGUCGAACCGAUAAUGUUGGUCUUUAUCGACGGGCACAAGAGCAGGAACGUGCAAGUAGACUCGCGUAUCAAUCCACGAGCUUUAUCAGCAACCUCUUGUACAUGCUUCAGAUCCUUCUAGCAGCCACAUUCACUGCACUGUCUGCGUACAAGGAUUCAAAUCCUGUAACGCUAACUGUGCUAGGAGCGUGGAACACUGUCGUGGCUGGCUGUCUAGCGUGGCAGAAAGGCCAAGGUGUGCCUCAACGAUACCGAAAAGCUCAAGAUCAGUACCAGGCUUUGAUCCUGGAGAUCGAGAUGGCUGAGCGGUCCUUCUUUGACCUGGACACCAGUGACCAAGGGGGCGUGAAGCUCGACCCACGAGCAGAGAAAGUCAGACUCCAGAAGCUGUUUGACACGGCGAGAGCUGAUCAGCAGGCAAACUAUCCGGAUCUUUACGUCAGCACUGGCGCAGUCCCUGCCAAAGAUGCUAAGGACCUGACCAAGGAGCUGGAGGAAGCAAAGGCGGAGACGGCAAAAGUACAGAGCGAAAUGACGGCCAAGAUCGAGGCGUUGAUGGCUAAACUGGGCAGUAAGGACGGUGCGCAGGCUGAUACUGCUGUUCAGAGUGCUGCGAAGUCGUGA